AUGUCGACUGUUUCAAUUUCUUUGGCGUUGAUUGCAAGCCACUUAACGAGUAUAACAUUACUCGGUGUACCGGUAGAGAUAUAUUUACGAGGUACACAGUACUGGGCGUCCGCUUUAUCUCUUAUCAUCGUCACUCUUCUUACAGCUGUCAUUUAUUUGCCAGUUUUUCACAAACUUCAACUGUCGUCUAGUUUCGAAUACUUGGAAAUAAGGUUUUCGUCGCAGACGCGGACAAUAGCUGCAGUAUUAUACGUUAUUAGUAAAUUGAUGCUCCUUCCAAUUGUGCCAUAUGUGCCGUUGAUGGCUUUCAGAUUGGUUACAAAUCCUCUCGCAAGCAGAAUCACUGCUGUUACAUGUGUGGCUUGCUCCACACUAAUUGCUGUAGAAGGUCUUCGUGCCAUAGUCAGCAUAGGAAUCGUCACCACUUUCCUGGCGCUAGCUGGUACCGCUCUACCGAGUAGCCUUGCUCUGCUACCCAUGGGUUUUAAGAGGAUGUGGGAGAUAGCAGAUCGUGGUGAAAGACUUGUUUUAUAUGACCCCGAUCCAGAACUCUCACACCACACUUCGUUUUUCGUCGUGACAUUAGCUCUCAGUACAAACUGGUUGUGGAAGAUAGCGCUAAGUCAAUCUUCGCUCCAGAAACUUCUAGCUGUCCCGACAAUAUCUAAAGCACGGAUAUGCUUGGCUAUAUCAUGCGUAGGAGUUAUUUUAAUGAAGCUAUUGUCAUGUUUCCUUGGCUUGACAUUGUAUGCUUGGUUCGCUGGUUGUGAUCCCUUGUUAACGGGGCAAAUAAAAAAGCACGAACAACUCGUUCCGCACUUUCUUAAUAAUUUGGCUACGAUGUUUCCUGGUAUUUGUGGCAUAUUUAUUAUUUCAAUAUUCAGUGCGAGCACAGGAUGCAUAUCUUCAAUAAUAAACUCGGUGUCCGGGGUAGUGUUUGAAGAAUUUAUUAGACCAUGGAUGCCUAAUAAGACAGGAGAAUCGGCGUGUUGUAGAACCAUGAAGCUUCUAUGCAUUUUGGUGGGAUGCUAUUGUGCUGGGGUGGUUUGGUCGGCAAAAGAGCUGGAUAGGCUUCAGCACGUUGCAACAGGUGUAACCGGCGUCACAGCAGGAACAUUAUUGGGUCUUUACACUCUGGGCAUUACUUCCUCUAGAGCUAAUUGUUCAGGCGCACUCAGCGGUUGCCUCUUGAGCUUGCUUCUGUGCGGUUGGCUGCUGAUAGGUGCUGAAAACGCGUUGGCUACGGGGGCAUUGACCUUUCAGCGAAAACAAUUACUUACAUCCGGCUGUGGGAAGGCUAACUUCACACAUAUUUUGAUCAACAUGACCACCAUAACGCAGAGUGUUACGACCCAAAUGCCCACGAAGCCUCUACAAUCUCUCUUCCGGAUCUCCUUUACAUACUGUCCCUUCGCUGGGGCUAUUACAGUACUUCUAAUUGGUAUCCCCAUGAGUUACCUCACAGGAAAGUCCAAGACAGAUUCUAUCAAUCCUGACGUAUUCUGUCCCCUCACGCAAAGCUUCCUUCGUAAGUUACCAGAUAGAAGCCGAUCAGAAUCCUUGGAUCUAAGCACUCCAGAUAAUCAGGAGGUCUAUAUGGCGUUGGAUGAGGCACUGAAACAUUUAAAGGAAGUGAUUAAUAGAUAG